AUGUCGCUUGCAAGUGGACCCCGGACGACGUCCGGCAUGAGCUUUCCGGCUCACCCCGUCGCUAGCCCCAGGCUUCAUCCUCCCCUUCAACAAGUGCACAAACCUCACAGGGUCUCACACGCUGUCCUCCAAGUCCCUUGGGGACAGCAUGGCGCUGCGCUGCUGCCCUUUACAAGGCCCACAACGACUGCAAACUCCUCAGCAAAAGGCUCAGUUUCCAUUGCAGCCGCCGCCGCGGCCGCAGCCGCGGCAACGCCGGCGGCGACGGCUCCGGCGCUGGUGUGUGCCGUACAGCAGGCCGCCACCCCCGCGGAGCUCCGCGCCGCCGCCUUCCUCAGGGCCGUCAGCUUCUACACAUACCCGCCCGGACGUAGCGAGUACGCAGCAAGGUCGCACCGCCACAUGAAGGCUAAUGCGGAGUGGGAGUCGGUGACGGCCAAGGUGGAGGUGGACGAUGUAGACCCAGGGUACGGACGCCAAGCGACGGCGCCAACCACCAUAACAACCACCGUAACCGCUAGCGAAGGAGACGGCGCAGAGCUGCCUGCUGCCAGCCAGCACUGCGGCAGCAAUGACCAGGAGAGUGGGGCGCUGCUGGCGGCGCUGCGGUCGUGUCUGGACGCGUGUGCCCAACUGCCCGCGGAGCCUGGCUCGAGUGCGAGUGCGAGCCCGCGGCCUCGCCGCCUGGUGGUGGGUUCCCUGGACCUCAAUGUGGGGCACACACUGCCGUCUGAGGAGCUGAUUGGCAGGCACCCGCAGUUCGAUCCCCGGCACCGGCGGGCCUACCUCAGCAAUGUCUGUGUGGCCCCAGCCGCCCGCAGACUUGGUGUGGCACGUAGCCUGUUAAGGCACGUGGAGGAGGUUGCCAGGGGGGCAGGGGUGCAGUGGCUGUACGUGCAUGUGGUGGCCAACAACACCCCCGCAGUGGCGCUGUACUGCAAUGCCCUGGGGUUCCAGGUGGAGCAGUCCGAGUCGGAGGGGUACGCCAGAGCGUUGCAGCGGCCCCCUAGGCUGCUGCUGGCCAAGUGCCUGACGGGGCCGGCGGUAGCUGGGCCAUGGAUGGCAGGCCAGGAUGGAGAUGUGUCCGCCAUUGCAUCCCCCAGCAGCUGCACAUGCCAGUCAGUUCGCAGUGGACGCAGACAUCCGUAGUUCUGCACUCAGCAUCUACUCGCACCGAGCCCAAACCAGCACACUCCGCUCUACAAGCGGGAGUAUUACAAGCGGCAACAUGCAAUAUGCACCCGCGGUCUCACCUAACUGAAAUCCACACCUUUCCGAUACUUACAUACAUACACACGGAUUCGCAUGCUCCUAUGCCCAUUCUUACACGUCGUGCGGAAUAUUAGGACUACAUGGCCGUACGAAUAUCAACUGACAGUAGGUAAGCCCGCCUCAACCGUCUUGUCACCAAAACCAUUCGGGCGGCCCGGUGGCCAACUCACAGCUUUGCAAAAGCCUGGUAGCCAGAAGUGGCCACGCACAACUACAGCCGCUACUGCACCUGUGGCCAUCGUUGGUCCUUCGAUCUACCAACAUUUUCAACGGGAACAUGUAACCUAAACUAACAACUAAAAACAUUUGUUCGCAAGUUACUGAACUGCGCAUGAUGCAACAGCAUGAACUACUCGACUGUUAUUACGUUCACAGAUCAUCAUGCUGCAUGUCUGUUUACGUGAGCGCGGGUGUAGGAUUCCAAGUCGCGAAACCAAAAGCCUCAACCAUUGAGACAUGCCCCUUGUGUCGUUCACAAAAAUGGCGUCGUAUGUCCGUAUAUUCUCAUAUGCAUUUUGUCAAGCCUGACCUCUAACGUCAUUCCUUAUUCUCUUUAUUGCCGAGGCACGCGAUUGCGCAUCGCGCCCGACACAGAUAAAAAGGGCUGCGCAGUGGAGCUGCCAUUAUAGAGCAGUCCACUGCCAUCAACCAGGUGCACAAGAAAAGAAAAGCCCUCUCCCCACCCGAAGAUCACGGACAGCCCAACCCAACAACCGAAAUGGAACACUCGCACAGGACCCCCAAGAACUCCAAAAAGAAGCCAGACUUGUCGACAGCUGCUUUCGACCCAGUCCGAUGCCAACACCAACAGGUGGGAAACGCUCCCACUUUCCUACCUAUCAACUAUACUGUAUCCGCACCGAACAUCCGGGCCUAAUAUAGGCCGCCCACAGCCAACGAAUCAACAAAACACCCUAACAACCCCUUUACGAGCUUUCAAUUAUCAAGCCCAGGGACAUGGGAUUGGAACAAUCGUUGCAGGUAUCCAACAAGGUCUCGGCAGUGUAAACAAAAAACAACGCGCCGUGCAAACCACAAGAAAUAUGAACACAUCUGGAAUUCAUAAAUUUGUCAUACGCGCACAGUAUAAUUAGACAAGUCGGUGCAUCAUCAUGUUAUAUAACAUGAUGAUAUAUCUGUUGAAACGUAGGAUGCGCAAAUUGUCAAAAGCCGCUGCGCGCUUAUUCAUCAAGCAGUUGUUCUUGCGCGGCGCUGAGUAGCUGUGCUCCUACCCCAGCCCCAGGCCCCCAUGCAAAACCGCGCUCUGUAUCCCCUAACUCCCGUGAUGGAAUGAAGGAUGCCAGACCUUCUCCCUCCCCAUGGACUUCCUUUCCCGUUAACGAUCCUCCGCCUCCUAACAUCCCCCCUCCUGCCAAUAUCAUCUACUCCUAUUUCCGCGUCGGCGUCCCAGCCCCUUCUCCGCCUCCUCUCCUCCCCUUCACAGCUCGGGCGACUGGUC